AUGUACACACUGCCAGGUACCGUGGCCCUCAUUACGAUAUCGGCCGUUGUCUUUUACAUCACCAGCGUCUUGAAGACCGCAUUCUUCGGCCCGCUCAGCCACUUCCCGGGCCCACGUCACCGAGCGCUCAGCAAACUACCCGGAAUCUAUACCAGCAUCAUGGGUCUAGAGGCCGUUACUCGCGUGGCACUUCACGAAAGGAAGCAAGAUGAUCGUCCGUACAAAGAUCCCAUGUUUUAUGUUGUCGGAGUCAAUGGGUGUCCAGACCUUUCGAGUGCUGACUUUGGCACCCACACAAAGCAAAGGAAGAUUCUGUCGCAAAGCUUCAGUGAUCGGUCUCUUCGGGAUUUGGAGCUCAUCAUCAGGUCUUGGGCGGAGAAGAUGGCCAGCAAGCUGUCUGACAAGGCCCGCACUCCAAUUGACAUGAUGACAUAUCUAAACUGUACUACGUUCGACAUCAUGGGGGACCUCACAUUCGGCGAGGACUUGAAAAUGCUCGAAACCGGCGAGCUAUCCCCCUGGGUGAGGACAAUCUUUGGAGGAUUCAAAGCCGGCAGUUUCUGGAGAGGCAUACGCCAGUUGUCCGUCUUUACCGACUGGAUUGUGCGGAAAUUUUUGUUCGAAAGCAGGAAAGUGCGACUCAUGCAGCGAGAGAAUUUCCAGUACUGCUCAACUCGAAUGGAUGCUAGGCUUGCAAGAACGCCGUAUCAUCCUGAUCUUUGGUCGAGGAUCUCAGAGACUGAAGGCGGCGAAGGGUUGUCGAGGGAUGAAUAUCGCUCCAACUCUGUGCUGUUCAUGAUUGCUGAGACAAAUACAAGCAGUGAAACAACCGCAACAGCCCUGUGCAGAAUGACCUAUCUACUACACCUCUCAAAGCAUGGAGGAAUACUUAAUGAUUUGAAAGCAGAAAUGCACGCUGUGAUUCAAGAAAGCCUUCGCAUAUAUCCGCCAGUACCCCCAAGCACACUACCAAGGAAGACACAGUCUGGCGGCGUGUCCAUCUGCGGUCAUUUCGUACCUGGUGAUGUUGUAGUGGGCGUCCAUCCUCUAGCAACUUUCCACUCGCCAAGACACUUCAAAGACCCUCAAGAAUUCCACCCCGAACGCUGGCUCAAUGACGCCAAAUAUCAAAAUGACCAUCUUGAUGCAGUAGAGCCCUUCUCUGUCGGCCCUCAAAAUUGCCUAGGAAAGAGCCUGGCCUAUCAUGAGAUGCGUUUCUUGCUCGCUAGCCUCAUCCUCAACUUCGAUAUUGAGCUUAUCAAUCCGGCGGAAACGUGGCUGGAUCAGAGAACGCACAUCUUGUGGGAGAAGAAGCCGUUGAUGUGCAAGCUACGACAAGUCAAGGGCUAG